CUUACCUGCCCCGCGUGCCCGUGGUGCCCACUCGCGCCGGGGCGUGUGAACAGGUGUGCUUCACUGUCGGAGCUCCCGGGGCUUCGCCGCACCUGUAACCGCGUCUGACCUCUACUGCGGCCCCCCACCCCCGUGUCACGGGUGGGUCUCCACUCCCUCCUCCUGCAGACCGCUUAGGCACGUUUCGUGCACGUUUCGUGCGCCUUGUGCAUUGCUUCGAGAGAGCGCGAACGAGUCCGGUGCAGCUGACCGAGAGGCCGGCUCUGCACGGCUGCGCUGCACCGACGGGACGCUGGUCUUUUCCAGAUGGCUCGGAAAGCAAAUUGUAAGACACGUCGGCCUCCUUUGCAGAGCGUCUUGAGAAGAAGUCGUGUUUUGCCUUCGCUUCUCUUUGCUUCUCGGAUCAAAGCUCUGAAAGUUCAAAACUGUCUGUGCCCCCUGCUUGAACCUAAACAAUGUUUCAAUGAUCCGAAAACAAGAAAGGAUCAAGUCUAAGGGGGGAAAAAAGGGGGAAACCGGGCGAGAAAGGGGGAAAAUUUCGCGUGCAGCCUAUAAGGAUUUGCUGUGGGAGGGGUUUUACCUGCGUCGAUUUAAGUUCCUGAACAAAAUUACAGAGGGAAGUCGGCAGGUAGAGCGCUUGCAGGGCUGGCGGGUUAAGCUGGUUCGGGGCGUGUUGCUUUCAGUUUGUUCGCGACAAAAUAAAAACAGCCUAACUGGGAGCUCGGGGAGCCAUGGACACGUUUCAGGACGGCGACGAGCUCGGCGUCCGCGCGGGGGGACGGCCGGCGUGCAGCCCGGCGCGCGAGGCGGAGCGGGAGGAGGGCGAGGAGCCCGAGGCGUCGGACCCGUCCCAGAAGCCCCCCUACUCCUACGUGGCCCUCAUCGCCAUGGCCAUCCGGGAGAGCCCGGAGAAGAAGCUGACGCUCAGCGGGAUCUACCAGUUCAUCAUCACCAGGUUCCCCUACUACGAGAAAAACAAGAAGGGCUGGCAGAACAGCAUCCGCCACAACCUCAGCCUGAACGAGUGCUUCGUCAAGGUGCCCAGGGAGGGCGGCGGGGAGAGGAAGGGCAACUUCUGGACCCUGGACCCGGCUUUCGAAGACAUGUUCGAUAAAGGGAACUACAGGCGCCGCAGACGGGUCAAGCGGCCGUACCGGCCUCCCUCGGUCCCUUACUUGCCGGCGAAGCCGUGUCUGAACUACCCUGACGCGUACUACCUGCACCAGAGCCCCAAGUACCUGCAGAACUCUUUCGUCAGUAGCCCCUGGCCCCUGGGGCAGCCGGGAGCGCCCGUGAACUACCAGCAGUCGCAGCCCAGCAGCGGCGGCUGCAGCCCCGUGUCCGUGAACGGGUAUACCAGCCCACCCGUGACCGGCUUCCCCAGCCAUCACCUCCAUCAGCCCUACGGCGCUUACCACCGACACCAGAGCCUCUUGGUGUCCCACGCAGGUAGCCCGUACACGGGGAUCGCCCAGCCGGUGAGCCCCGGGGGAGCUCCCGCGGGCGGCAGCGGUUAUCACACGCUCUCCUGUGCCCGGCAGCCGGACGUGUCCCUCGUGCAUUACUACGAUUAACGAGAAAGCCCGGACGUUCUGGACGAGUGAGAGUUAAUUGCGCGGUUUCUAUUUUGUUUCUUCUUCAGGAUGUGUUCAAAUCUAUUUUUGUAAAUUACUUUUUUUUUCUUCGUCCAUGAAAUCACCCGCGAGCGACUGAACGAGAGGGGGAUAAUUGCGGACAGAGCUGGGGAGUCUCCGUUGUUACAAGCUCACUUGCAGAAGUAUGGAUCUGACUUCACAUUUCGCGUUCAGCUGGCUUGGCCAGGACAGUGCCAAGCACAGCCCGAGGACUGUGCUGGAUUUUGGUUCAAAGGGGGUCGCGGCUGUUCUCUGAACUCCAUGCUUUAGGCCUAUUGGUACAUGCCCACUGAAAAAAAAAACUGAAAGAAUUAAAAAUAUAAGUGGACUAAAACCAGACUGACAGUUUUCCAAAGGAAAACGAACGGGUCGGGUAUAAAAAUAUUAAUUUGAUGCGGUAAUCGCAUUAAAAAGUUUCGAAGACGCCCAUGGGCUAUUGAGAAACAUAGAGAUGAUCUAAAGCUUAGAGCGUUUUGCAUUUUAGUUUCUUAGAACAUUUCUAAUAUGAAUCUUUAAAGUUGGUACAUCCGUGUUUAUUUGUUAUAGACUUAAAGUGCCCUUGACGUUUGAAAACGGUUUUUGUAAUUUAAUGUUUACAUUUUUCUGUAAUUCACAGUUUAAUUGUUCUGCUUGGUGUCUGUUCUUUCUGCUUUUGUUUUACUUGGAGUUGCUGUUAAGUUACAUUUAUUAUUUCCAGUAGUUUACAAAUUGAAAUCCAGCACCAAGAUUUAAGCAGUUUUGUGUAGGAUUACUAUUCAAAAUGACUCCAAGACCAAGGACACAAUAAUACAAUUUAUUUCUUAUUGUACCUUUCAUGCUAAUUCACCUCAAGGCGCUGCGGGUGUUGUGUUGGAAUAGAUGAAUGAUCUUAAAACAGGUCUUCCCACUGUGAGGUUGAAAA